AUGGCUAAAUCAUGGCCAAAACAACACUUCUUUGGGUUCAGAGGAGGAUGGUUAACAUUCUGGAUCACAGUCGCUUGCGCAACAGACAUGACACUCUUUGGGUACGACCAAGGAGUCUUCAGCGGCGUGGUUGUCACUCAGGAUUUUCUCAAGCUUCACAACCUCGUUGGUCCAACAAAGACCAAUCUCCUUGAUACCGUGACUGCUAUUUUACGAUAUCGGAAGGCAAUCCUUCUCGGUAUGGUGAUCAUGUCCAUCGGGACUGUCAUCAAGGUCUCGUCGUAUAGUUUUCAGCAAAUGAUCGUAGGCAGGAUAGUGCUAGGAAUUGGAAAUGGUAUCAAUACUGCCACGGCACCUAUCUGGCAGACCGAAACAGCACAGGCAAAAUGGAGAGGGAAACUCGUCAUUCUAGAAAUGGCUAUGAAUAUUGCUGGUUUCUGCCUUGUCAACUGGAUCAACUACGGGCUGUCCUUUGUCGAGGGAUCUGUCGCAUGGCGUUUUCCACUAGCUUUUCAGUUUGUCUUCAUCUUUGUGCUCUUUGCUACAGUCCCUGGCUUCCCGAGUCACCACGUUGGCUCAUCGCGCAUGUACAGCGUAAACUAUGAACGUGAACACACGAUUAAGUGGAAAGACAUCCUCCUAAAACGCAACAAAGACACCGCCGACACAAAGACCCUCCGGCGUUUACUUCUCGGUGCAAACACCCAACUCAUGCAGCAGUUCGGCGGUAUUAACAUCAUGAGUGACUACAUGCCCACCGUUCUCAUUAACAGCGUCGGUCUCACCGAGAGUAUGGCUCGCUUACUCUCUGCAUGUAACGCCGUGUCCUACCUCAUAUUCUCAUCAGCGGCGGUCUUUCUCGUGGAGAGAUGGGGACGAAGGGGUCUUAUGCUGCUGUCCACGGCGGGCCAGUUGCUGUCCUUUCUGGUCAUUACUAUUCUUCUGAGAUAUGCUGUCGGCGAUAAGAAAGAAGUCCUGGGAUCAGCGUCGAUUGCGUUCUUCUUCUUUUACUUCAUCUCCUUCGGGGUGGCUCUUGCGACUGGGACAAAUUGGAUCACAAACUUCAUCAUCGUAGAAAUCACGCCGAUCGAUAUCCAAACCCUUGGCUGGCGUUUCUGGAUAGUAUGGACCGUCACCAACACUCUCUUCCUGCCCGUCAUCUACUUCUUCUACCCGGAAACCUCAAACCGGAAACUGGAAGACAUGGACGCUCAUUUCCGAGAGAAUCCCUCUAUUAUUGUUAUCAAGGACGAGGGUGCGACGAUGGCCAAAAGACCCGAGAAAUACAUUCUGCAAGAUCAGGAGGAUGUGCAAAGGCAGGAGGGUAUUGGCUCUGAGAAGGUUCUCAGCGCCUGCAACUGGGGAAUCCAUUUGGCAGCUUCACAAUCAAUCACCUCACAAACCGCCAACCCCCACGAGAAGCGACAGCCACGAGGUCUCACCCGCCCAUACGAGGGAAAUCCCACGGAACGAGACGAUUACCUACGGAAAUACAUUGAACGCGAGAAGCUCCCCGCAGCCAUGCCUCAGGAUAUGCCCCCUCGGGGCGGGUACGAGCCCGUCCAGUACAAGGGCGACAAGACUAACUCGGAGCAGCGAAACCUCCCCGCCAAGGGUUUCCGUCCUGGAAUCCUCCUCCUCGGAAUGGGCGCUGUCAUGAGCUACGGCUGGUACAAGCUGAUCGGCGGCAUGCGCGAGGCCAACGAACUCGGCCGUGAGAAGAUGUGGGCUCGCAUCAACCUCAUUCCCCUCCUCCAGGCCGAAGAAGAUCGCGAUCAGGUCCGUCGAUACCUGGCCGACCAGAAGCGUGAGAAGGAGUUGCUGGGCGACAAUGCCAAGGUUUACAACAGCGACCGAUUCGUGAGGCCGACUUUUGCCGUCACCCCUCCUCCUACUACAAACUAA